AUGGCAGCAACGGUCAGCUUUGAUUUUCAAAACUGUUUCAUCUUAACCCUCUUCUGCCUCUUCUUAACCCUCUUUCUCUUUGUCUUCUUCUUUAAGAAACCAAAGAAUGGCUUUGAUCUGCCUCCAAGCCCUCCUUCUCUUCCAAUUAUUGGUCAUCUUCACCUUCUCCUCCUUGCUCCUAUCCACAAGUGUUUUCAUAAAAUCUCAUCAAAAUACGGACCUUUCCUCCAUCUCCGCAUCUUCCAUGUCCCUAUCGUUCUCGUCUCCUCUGCCUCAAUGGCCCACGAGAUAUUCAAGUCCCACGACAUGUACGUCUCCUUUCGUGGCGCUGUUGCGAUUGAUGAGUGCAUCGUGUUUGGUUCUUUUGGCUUCCUCAGAGCUCCCUAUGGAGGUUACUGGAGGUUAAUCAAGAAGAUCAUCACUACUAAGGGGAUUGGACCACAGGCGCUGGAGCGAUCACACGGAGUUCGUGUGAUUGAGCUAGAGCGGUUCUACAAGAACCUGCUUGAUAAGGCGAUGAAGAAACAGAGCGUCGAGAUUGGCGAGGAAGCGAUGAGACUCGUUAACAACACCCUUGGAAAGUUGAGCAUGGGAAGUGCUUUCUCAGUGGAGGACAAUGACGGGGGCAAAGUCUCGGAGUUUACUGUAAAGUUAAGUGCCUUGUCCCGCACGUUUUUUGUGGCACAAAUAUUUAAUGAGCCGCUUGAGAAGCUCGGUAUCUCACUAUUGAAAAAGGAGAUAAUGGAGGUUUCACACAGAUUUGAGGAGCUUCUUGAGAAAACUCUUGUGAGAUACGAAGAGGAAAUGGACGACCAUCAAGGUACUGAGUUUAUGGAUACAUUGAUGGCAGCUUAUCGAGACGAAAAUGCAGAGUAUAAGAUCACUAGGAAAAAUAUCAAGGCGUUAUUUGCGGAGCUUUUCUUUGGAGCAGGUGACACGUCUUCUACAACAACGCGGUGGGCAAUGGCAGAAAUUAUCAACAAUCCUAAGAUCCUUGAGAAAUUAAGGGAAGAAAUUGAUUCUGUGGUAGGUAAAACAAGAAUUGUUCAAGAAACUGAUUUACCAAAACUCCCUUACUUGCAAGCGGUCGUCAAGGAAACUCUAAGAUUGCACCCCGUGGCGCCUGUCUUGUCAAGGGAGUUUGAACAAGGGUGCAAGAUCGGAAGAUUCUACAUACCUGAGGGUACAUCACUUGUUAUCAAUGCUUAUGCUGUAAUGAGAGAUCCUGAUUCUUGGGAAGAUCCUAAUGAGUUUAAGCCAGAAAGGUUUCUAGCUUCUUCAAGAUCAGGGCAAGAGGAGGAGAGACGAGAGCAAGCACUGAAGUUCCUCGCUUUUGGAACUGGAAGGAGAGGAUGUCCUGGAUCAAGUUUAGCUUAUAUCUUAGUAGGAACCGCAGUUGGAGUGAUGGUGCAGUGCUUUGACUGGGAAAUCAAUGGAGAUAAUGUCAACAUGGAAGAAGCUACCGGAUUAAAAUUCUUCAUGGCUUUGGCUAAUCCCCUUACGUGCCGUCCUCUUCCUCGAAUCAUAAACCAUUAA